CGCCAAAUCCCCGAGGAGGCUAGCCCGCCUCACCCCUGGAUCCCCUGUCAUUUUUUCCAGGGACCCGACACGAGUUCCCGGUGACCCAGUCCUUGCACGCGCUCAAGCGGUCCGAGGAAGAAAAACCACAACACUCCCAGACGCGUCCAGGGCGCCCCAGAACACACACACACACACACACACGCAAAACAUACAUGGUUUUGAUUUCGAGAAGGAAUCCCUGUAACGCAAGGACUAAUGGUUGUCUCCUCUAUGCAGCAUCAUCACCAGCAGCAGGGUCCUGUUCCGCCCCAUCUGCAGCACUCGCGGCCGUCCAGCAUAGUUCAGCAGCAGCAUCACGGCCAGAAUCCAGCCCAGCCACAGCAGCCGCAGCCGCAGCAUUCGGGGGGGUACUCGUACCCGCAGCAGGGCCAGGCCAAUAGCUCGCAAGAUCACGGGUUGCCGUACUACGCGCACCCAAGCCCGUACAGCACGCCGGGUGCAACUAGCGGGUAUACGUCCGCAGAUACCGGGGACAUGAUGGCUGCCGCAAUGCCGAGGCCCUAUCCUCCAAUCACAUACCACACGCCGCAAUCGAACUCGCCGGCCUCUGUGGCAUCGCCUUCGACCCAUGACCAGCAAAGGAGCAUGUACGGACAGCCUCCCUCACAACUACAUCAACAACCAAUGUACUAUGGCGGUCAACAACAGUAUUCCUCUAUGCCGACCCAGGCAGCGCAGUCACCGUACGCGCAACAUGCUCAACAGUCGCAUCAGGCCAUGGGUUCACAGCCAAGUAUGAUGAUGUCGCACGGGCAGCCUCAGCACGCGCUCAGCCAGCACCCCUCGCAACACUCGCAAUCAGGGAUGACGGUUAGCCCGCGCCCGGAUAAAAUUGAGACACACAACAUGGGCGGCCACCGGAUGUCUGGAGCGUCUGCGCCCGUGGCCAUGGGUAGCGCGUCAUCAACUAGCCCCCAGAACUCGGCGCCCCUUUCGGCACCCCCCACCGGCUCUGGCGUGAAUCCGAAUGCUGCCCCGGGUCCAAUCCCAGCCACUACCCCGCUCGUAGUGAGGCAGGAUACCAACGGUGUGCAGUGGAUUGCUUUUGAGUAUUCACGCGACCGGGUGAAGAUGGAGUACACAAUCCGCUGCGAUGUCGAAUCUGUAAAUCAGGACGAGCUCACGCCCGAGUUCAAGACAGAAAACUGCGUUUAUCCUCGCGCGUGCUGCCCCAAGGAGCAGUACCGUGGGAACCGGCUGCAGUACGAAACCGAGUGCAACACUGUGGGAUGGGCCCUGGCACAGCUGAACCCGCCGCUCCGCGGCAAGCGAGGCCUGAUCCAGCGGGCCGUGGAUAGCUGGCGCAACAGCAACCAAGAUCCCCGCCUGAGGAGCCGUCGCGUCCGUCGCAUGGCCAAGAUGAAUUAUCGCAACAACAACAAGGCGGGCUCUACCACUCCGCACGUCACCCACAUGCCUGCCCCCGGUGCUCCCGGCUCAACCGGCAUGUCAACCCCGACUGGCAUGGGCCCUGGCGGCACGCCCACCAUGGGCAAACCGGGCCUUAAUACCAUGACGACCGCCGCGAUGCACCACCACCACGAUCCCCAACAGGACGGAAGCGCUCAGGGAGGAGACCAAGUCGGAGAAGGGGACUACGGCGACGACCAGCAACACCACCACCACCAUCGCCAGCCCGCCGCCCAGCCCGGCCUGGAAGAGCGGCCUUCCCACGUAUUCACUGGCUACGGUGCCUACAACGGCGCACCUCAUGGCUCCUCAUCCAUGUCCGUCCACGAUUCGCUCAGCGAUCCCACUCACGGCAGCGGAUCCGCCCUCGCCGCCCACCGGUCCAGCAGCACUCACUCAAAGAGUAUGCGUGCCUCUCCCCACGACGGUCCUGAGGACCUCUUUCCGGAACUUCCCGACUCGAAGAAGCGCAAGUUUAUCCUUGUUGAUGACAAUGAGCGUCAGAGCCGCCUCAGGGUGCGGGUGACUCUUGACGGGGUGGAUACGCGUGAGAUUCCCGACAGCUUCCGCAAGAGCAGCAGCGUCUAUCCGCGCUCCUAUUUCCCUCGCGAGAUGCAGAGUCCCCCGCCCAGCGCAACGGGCAGUAAAUUCUUCACUGAUGACGCGAGCGAUCUCGAAGAUGAUGGGACGGCUGAUACGGAGGGCCGGGGAGCUGUGUAUCGGAACAGCUCGAGGCGGGGUAGGACCAUGGUCAAGGUGCCGCUACCGGAGCGCGAGGGCGAGGAAGGCGAGGUGGCGAUCCCGCGGAUGAGGAAGGUCUUUCGGGGAAAGGAAGUGCGGUUGAAUGAUCUGGGGUACCGGAUGGCCUGGCUGCAAAGCAGAGUUUUUGCAGGCCGGACCGUCUUCCUGCAGCGAGCCUUGGACUGCUACAGAAACAAAACUCGCAGCGCAAUGGAGUCAAUCAUGCAGGACGUCAAGGCGGCAGCACCGCACUACGAGACUCGCGUCGGGAAGCGCAAGUUCAACGAGUGGAUGCACGGCGGUGAGAGGGAGGGUGAGCAUUGAGUUCGAAACUCAUGGUAUACUCCUUCGCCGUCGCCACACUAGAGGAGCACCGUGAUGUCGAGCUCAAAAGGCCACGGGAACAUGCGCGGGCGAUUACAUGAUCAACAACAACCACAACAAUAACAACAAUGAGAGACACGCAGCCACGAAGCACGUUCGAUAACACUUCCUUCCAUCGCCCCAGUUUCAUUUCCCCUGAUAGCUAUUGGGGCGUGUUUUUUAAGGAGAAUUCGGCGAUGCUGCUGGCAGGAAGGGCUCGGCAAUGUUGCUAGCUUGCACUUGGGGCUAAUUUCGGAGAGUUAGCUGGCAACGUCGGGAGAGCAAGCUGUGUGGCUGCGUGGCUCGCUUCGCCUUUGGCUGGAGAGAUCCCUGUGGGCUUGAGAUUACCGGGCGCAAGCUGCGGUUCGUUGUAUAGAAUGCUUGCUUGCAAGCCAUGGCAUCACUGCCGUCGGAUUCUAGGGAUGUAAGGUAGCU